UCACUGUCCAGACCGGGGGGCUUGGUGGAGAGUCGGUCGACCGGGUUGGGGGGGCUUCCGAUCCAGACUGCGCAGUUGGAAUAAAAAUUAAAAAAAAUAAGACAGAGAGUCACUGGUUGUCAGACACACAACAUGGAGGUGCUGGCAGUUCUUAAUUUGGGCGAUUUUGCCCCAGCCUUCUCUAAAAUGGGAAUGUUUCCUGUGUUUGAUCUCGCUUAUUACAUCGUAUCCAUCCUCUACCUCAAGUAUGAGCCAGGCUCAGUGGAGGUUUCUCGCAGGAGUCCUGUGGCCUCCUGGCUCUGUGCCAUGCUCUACUGCUUCGGUAGUUACAUCCUCGCAGACAUCAUGCUUGGAAGCAGCCCCAUCGACUAUUUCCAACACAACAGCCACAUCCUUCUGGCCUCAGCUGUCUGGUACCUCAUCUUCUACUGCCCACUGAACCUCUUCUAUAAAUGCGUGGCUUUCCUGCCUGUCAAACUCGUGUUGGUCGCCCUGAAGGAGGUCGUCCGCACCCGUAAGAUCGCCGCCGGUGUUCACCACGCCCACCACGCCUACCACCACGGCUUCCUCAUCAUGGUCAUCAUCGGAUACGUCAAAGGGUCUGGAGUGGCUCUCAUUUCCAAUUUUGAGCAGCUGCUGCGCGGUGUGUGGAGGCCCGAGACCAACGAGAUCCUCAACAUGUCAUUCCCGACCAAAGCCAGUCUGUACGGAGCUAUCCUCUUCACCCUACAGGAGGCUCAUUGGCUGCCAGUGUCCAAGAGCACCCUCAUCCUCGUCUUCACCCUCUUCAUGGCCACAAGCAAGGUGGUGAUGACCGCAAGACACUCUCACGGCUCCCCCUUCGCCCUCAUUGAGUCCUGGGUUUGCCAUCUGCUGUUCGGCUCCCCACUGGGUGGCUCUGAGGAGGACCACCACCAUCCUCCCGCCGCCACUCCAUCCUCACCUCUCAAAACCAAGGAGGAGCUGAGCGAAGGCGCUCGCAAGAGGAAAGCCAAGAAAGCCGAGUAGGAUGUCACGCUGCUCUGAUGAAACUGCAUCUGACUCGCCCUCAUGGCCUCCACAUGAUGGGACCUCCCAUUCCUUUCUAGGGAAAGGGGCAGUUUGAUGUUUUACCAAAUGAGACCCUUUCUGUUAGAGCCAAAUGGUGCUUUCUGCAUUUUACACAGCAUGAGGACUCUGUAAAUACCAGAGUAAACGUUUCACACUGCAGCCCAACCUGGACAUUUUAGACCUACUUAUUUAUGCGUUUGUGAACAUCUGUGCCAAACACUGUGUGGUGAUCCAUGUUUGUAUGAGCUGCGUGGUCGUUCUAGGAUGGCCUUCGUCCCACAUCAGUAGUUGUGUUACCAGGUGUCGUUGGAUUUCUUUUAAUCCACCAAACCGUAUUUUAUUAAAGAAACAGAAAAUGCAAAUUAAUCUGACUCUCAAUCAGAAAUUCAAAUGUGAAUAAAGCAUAAACAUUGCUGCUUUUUACAUUGAGACGGAGACAAAUUCAUGUCUUUGAAUAAAAUUAAGAGAAACACUGA